AUGUCUACAGCAAAUCAUUCACCCUCUGUUCAAAGCACUGUCGGACGGAAUGCUGAUAUCUUAUAUGCAAGCCAAUCGCUAAAUGGUCGAAACAAAGAUAUACAGAACGCAGACAAACCAGUUCGGGUUCCAAUACCAAAGCCAAGAACAAAAAAAGUACAACCUGGCAUAACCAAACAUUCUACACCACAACAAGGCGGUGCAGCUUUAACAAGGGUUACUCCAACGACGACUCAGUCCUCAACAGGUCAAAGCAGCAGCGGACAGAUGACAGGACAAUCUGGAAUAAGCAAACAUUCUACACCACAACAAGGCGGUGCAGCAGUUACAAGUGUCACUUCUACGACGACUCAGUCCUCGACAGUUCAAGGCAGCAGCACUGGACAGAUGACAGGACAACAUGGUAUUGGCAAACAAUCUACACCACAACAAGGCGGUACAGCAGUAACUGAAUGA